UGACAGCCACCCAGGCCAGCCCUGAGCAGCAGCAGCUCCAGCACUGCCACCCCUGCCAGCGCCAUGUCCCUGACCAAGUCGGAGAGGACCAUCAUCCUGUCCAUGUGGGGCAAGAUCUCCACGCAGGCUGACACCAUCGGCACCGAGGCCCUGGAGCGGCUCUUCGCCAGUUACCCCCAGACCAAGACCUACUUCCCGCACUUCGACCUGCGCCCCGGCUCGGCGCAGCUGCGCGCGCACGGCUCCAAGGUGCUGGCGGCCGUGGGCGACGCGGUCCAGAGCCUCGAGCAGGUGGCGGGCGCCCUGGCCAGGCUGAGCGAGCUGCACGCCUACAUCCUGCGCGUGGACCCCGUCAACUUCAAGCUCCUGUCCCACUGCCUGCUGGUGACCAUGGCCGCGCGCUUCCCCGCCGACUUCACGGCCGAGGCGCACGCCGCCUGGGACAAGUUCCUGUCCAUCGUGUCCUCCGUCCUGACCGAGAAGUACCGCUGAGCCCCGCAGGGUCCCGAGGCCGCGCCCCGCCCCGCCCGGCAGCCCCUUUCCCCGCCCCCGAACCCUCCCC